GAGAGUGUUAACUCCUGAAGCUGAGCCACGACACCAACGGGAAAAUGUAGUUACGAAGACACGGAACGACACUCAACCUUUUCCUCUUGUAUGGCCGGAGAGAGUGUCUGCUGUUCUGCUGGUGUGUCUGUGACCUGACAGGCAUUCGGAUGCUUGCUCAGGAUCCCUGGUGUCUUGUGUAAGCAUGGCGGAAAUCAGUGUUCGAAGAAUCCUUCUUUUGGUUAUUUCUCUGGCUAAGUGUCUGGAGGGCACAGAGCUGCUGGCACACCUCAAAAAGUGUGGUGACUUGGAAUGUGAAACUUUAAUCAGCAGAGUCUUAGCCCUGAGAGAUCAUACAGGACCUGACUGUCGGUACCUAAACUUCACUACGGGUGAAGAGAUAUCUGUUUAUGUUAAACUUGCAGGAGAGAGAGAAGAUUUGUGGGCAGGAAGCAAGGGAAAGGACUUUGGAUUUUUUCCCAGAGACGCAGUCCAAAUUGAAGAGGUGUUCAUAUCUGAAGAAGUCGAAAUGCCAACUAAAGAGUCUGACUUUCUUUGUCUUCUUGGGGAAGGCUACAUAUUUGGAAGUGAACAUAGUGAGUUAAACAGAGAUGGUGAUGGAAAUGUGUACCCAUAUGAGGAAGAUGAAGACCCAAACUAUAGCAUAUAUGAAAGUGAUUUUCAGCCAGAACCUGACUUUUAUGUAGCUUCCAAAGGACCGUUUUUUGAAGACCAAAUUUCAGCAUCAGAAGCUCCUGAAGAUUUCAGCAUUUCUAAUGAGUCUAAGGAUUGGGAAGAGGCUGGAAGUGCGGGCAGUGAGGAUCAGGAUUAUACUCCAGAUGUGGACCAUGUCUUGCCAUCCCAAAGCUUGCCUGAAACGCAAGAAUGGUUUGGACUGGGAAGAGAAGAAACUGGAAAGAAGGCUUUUGAAACAGAUACUGAACCCACACAAGAAAGCUCAUUUCAAAGCAGAAAAUUAACAGUGGAAGAGGAGAAUGACCUAGAGAAAUUAAACAAUGCUGAACCCCAAAUGGAACUUGAGCAGGAUCCAGAAUCCCAGUUUGACUCAGAGACACCAGAAUUCAGUCCAGGGCCAGAGGAACAGUAUGAACUAGUGUCUGAGUCGGAGAACAUCCUCAAGCCUCCAACCACUGGCUGGUUUGGUGGUGGAUUUACAAGUUAUUUAGGUUUUGGAGAGGAGGAUCCAGAACUUGAGUUAUUGUCCAAAGAAAGCAAUCCGCCAUCACAAGAUGUUCCCAGUUCUGUUUCACCUGAUGAAGAAGCCCCAGCUCCACGCAGAGAAGCAGCAACGGACGAGGAAGAUGCCUUCAUUAACGACAGCUCAACUCUCAGUCCAAACUGGUUUAACUUGGGUUUUGGUAUGCUAGGCUUUGCCUAUGCUGAUGAAGACAAAAGUAUUUCAGAUGAUGGGGAAAGUGAAGGUGGUGAGGUAGAUACCCACAAACAUCCUCUAGCAAAUGACUUUGACCCCGGAAAGGAACGAGAGAGGAAAAUGAUAACAGCCAUGGAAACAGAAGUUCAAGCAAAUAAGGACAGGGCCUUGGAGAAGACAGAUGAUUCUGAGUCUAUGCAGUAUCUGGCGAGGUUCUUUAAUAACCCUUGGAGCUUCCAGAACCUCCCAGAGGACACAGAAUUACCAUUUUCCCAACGGAUGCUGGAUCAAGAUGAUAUAGUUGAAAAUGACAAAACUGAAGAACUCUCCACUGAAAAGUCUGCCACAGAGAACAUGAAAGACCCCAUGAUGCUGGAGGGCAGAUACAGCCUGUCAGAUACGGCCUCUGAAAUAGAGUUACCUGUGAGAGUCCCUGAAGGAAUACAUUUCAAAACCUCAUCUUUGAAAGGGAAUGAGGAAGAUGCAGAGUCACGGGCGGCCUCUGAAGGGCCUGCUGUGGCAGAAACCGACAGGUCUGUGGGAGGGGCCCUGCUCGGUAGUCAGCUGGUCUCUCAAAAAGAGCAAGAUGCAGAGUUUCAGAUUCUGAAGUAUUUCUUUCAAAUCGAUGUCUAUGGCUUCAUGAAUUCUGCUUUUUCACCAUCUGAAAUUUUUAUAGAAAGGGUCGUGGCAGCAUUGCCUGAAGACAUGAGAGCAGGCUUUGAGUCCAGCGGUUUGUCAUUGGAAUUGGCGAUCUGUGUGCUCACCCUCGGAUUGCUUACUGUGCUCCUGUUUGUGUGGAGAGGCUUCCGAUCAAUUCGAAGCCGAUUUUAUGUAGGAAGAGAAAAAAAAUUGGCUCUUGAGCUUUCUGCGCAAAUUGAAGAAAAAUGUAAACUACUUGAAAAAGUUAGCCUUGCUCAGAAGGAGUAUGAAGGCUUAGACUCAUCUUUAAAGGAGGCCAACUUUGACAAGGAGUCAACAGAAGCACAAAGUUUGAAGUUUGUUGAAGGACCACAAAUAUCAGAGGCAACCUAUGAAAAUCUAGAAAGCUUGAAAUCUAAACUUGAAGAUGAAAUACUCUUUCUAGAGAAAGAACUAGAAGAAGAGAGAGCUAAACAUUCUGAACAAGAUGAUUUGAUGGCUGAUACUUUAAAAGAGAUACAGUCCCUAGAAGAUGAAUCAAAUGCUCUCAAAGCACAAGUAGCUGAAGCCAAAACGACCUUGAGAAUAUUUGAAAUCAAUAAAGAGCGACUUGUAGGAACAAUAAAAGAUGCCUUGGAUGAAACUGCUGAACUUCAGGAAAGCCAUAAGCAGCUUUUACAGGAAGCUGAAGUAAUGAGAGAAAAAGUGAAUGAACUCAAUAAACAGAAAGUAAAAUCUGAAGAAUCCAAAGUACAGGCAGAGCAAGUUCUAAAUGAUAAAGACAAUCAGAUCAAGUCUCUGGUGGAGAGCCUGCUAAAGACGGAGGUUUGGACUGCUGUGUUUGGAGAACAUGUAGCAGAUGACGGUAAUCUGGAUUGGGAGGUGAAGAGUGACCUAGAAAACGAUGCUCACUUAGAUAAUCAGCCCACGGGAGCUUUGAAGAAGCUGAUUUAUGCUGUUAAGUUAAAUGCUUCUUUAAAAGCCUUAGAAGGAGAAAGAAACCAAAUUUACACUCAGUUAUCUGAAGUAGAUAAAACAAAGGAGGAUCUUACAGAGCGUAUCAGAAGUCUGGAAUCUGAGCAGGAGUCUUUGCCGUCAGAAAUCACAGAGUUUGAAAACGAGAAACAGAAGCUUCAGCAGAAACUCCAAGUGAUGACUGAGCUGUACCAAGAAAACGAAAUGAAGCUUCACAGGAAAUUAACAGUAGAAGAAAAUUACCGAUUAGAGAAAGAGAAAAAACUUUCCAAAGUAAAGGAGAAGAUCAGCUAUGCGGCCGAGGAGCUGGAGACCUGCAGACAGCGCGCCAAGGAUCUGGAAGAAGAACUGGAGAGAACAAUUCACUCUUACCAAGGGCAGGUUAUAGCUCAUGAAAAAAAAGCACAUGAUAAUUGGCUGGUAGCUCGGACUUGUGAAAGAAACCUCAAUGAUUUAAGGAAAGAAAAUGCUCACAACAGACAAAAAUUAACUGAAGCAGAGUUGAAAUUAGAACGUUUAGAAAAAGAUCCUUAUGCACUUGAUGUUCCAAAUACAGCAUUUGGCAGAGAGCACUCCCCAUAUGGUCCCUCACCACUGGGCCGACCUUCAUCUGAAACGAGAGCUUUUCUCUCUCCUCCAACUUUGUUGGAGGGUCCACUCAGACUCUCACCUUUGCUUCCAGGGGGAGGAAGAAGAGGCCCACGAGGCCCUGAGAAUCUUCUGGACCAUCAGAUGAAUACUGAAAGAGGAGAGUCAAGCUGUGACAGGUUAUCUGGUGCUCCGAGAGCACCUUCUGACAAGUCCCUGUCGCCUCCAUGGGAACAAGACCGAAGGAUGAUGGCACCUCCACCAGAUGGGCCAGUCUCUUCAGAAAAGCAAUCCAGUAGAAAUGAUACCAAAGAUCAACCUGGUAACUCAAAAGUGCCUGAUUCUCCUGGUCAUGGCUUUGUCCCUCCACCGGGUCCCCCAGUUCCUCCUGUGGACCCAAGGAGCCAGUUUAUGGGAAGGGCCUGCCCCUUCCCCCCACCUUCUCCAAGAAACAUCUAUGGAGCUCCUCCAGAUUAUUAUUCUCCACCUAACGAUUUCCCUGGCCCACCACGUCUUCCAUUCCCAGGGAGAAAUGUGUACCCACCGAGGGGCUUUCCACCUUACCUUCCCCCAAGAGCUGGGUUCUUCCCCCCACCCCCACAUCCUGAAAGUAGACGUGCGGUCCCUCCAGACUUGAUUCCACCUUCAAAAGAUCCUGCAGCCGAACCUCCAGAACCCCAGGAGACCUGACAGUGGUGCUGGUCCCCCCAGCAGUCAUUUUCUUCUCAUUUCAGUUUAAGUAACUUCUAUUACUUAUGUGAUUAUAUUUUUGCUCAAAUUGAAGCUUACUGGAAUUAUAAUUCUCAGGAUAGUAUUUUGUAAAUAAAUAUGAUUUAAAUAUGAAUCUUAUGAGUAAAUUAUUUCCAUUUUAUUUUAUUCUGAAUAGUAUAUUUUACUUUGAUUACCUCAUCCAUAAUUAUGGUAGUUUUAUAUAUGUAAUCUUAUAGUUGGGGAUAUCUUAACCUCAAAAGGCUGUGUCUUUAUACCAGGAAUGUGUUCACCGUGGUUGUAGACAAAUGUAAAAGUAACUUUAUGUAUAAUGAAAUAAAUUUUAAUGAUUUAAA